AUGCUGGUGGUCUUGCUGCUGCUGCUGCUGCUGCCGUCGAGGCUGAGCCCAAGCAGGAUAGCGCCCCCUCCGGAAGGAUCCGAGAAAAGCAGCCACCUGCAGCGGCUGCAGCAGCACCAGCAGCAAGAAGCUCUCCGCCUCCGUCGCUGCUUCGCCACAGGGCAUAGCAGGACACGCUGCUCCGCCCUCGCUCCCCCUUCUCUCCCUGGGGAGGAUGGGUGGGCAUUGAGGCUGGAGCCGGCCUUCUGGCAUCGGCAGGACGCGGGCAUUGAUUGGCCCUCCUUCCUCUCUGUGCAGACCGACCUUUAUCCCGAUUGCAAACGUUGA